GGCGGGGGGCGGAGGCCGGCGGCGGCGGCGACCUGCCCCCUUUCUCCGCGCGCGCGCCGGCAGGACCGGCGCUGCCGGCGGCGCCGCGGAGGCCGGCUCAUUUUGUAACCAGCGCGGAUAAAAUGCCGCCACCGCGGUGCUCAUUGCGUCAGUGCUGCCGCGUUUGCUGCCAGCCGAGGGGCCGCCCGAAGAUCUGCCUUCACCGCUCGUCUCGCCCCUGUCAUUUGCCGCUGAGCCCGCAGACAGUGCGCACGUCCGUCCGCUGGCCAGCAUGCUGUACCUCAUCCUCGUGGUGUGCGUGGCCUCGGCAGCCAGAGCACAAGACGAGCUGCUGUUUGCGUGUCCCGAGUCGUACGGCGACUACGAGGAUGCCGAGUACUGCGACUACUUCUGGCGCUGCAACCGCGGCGAGGCCGAGCCCAUGGAGUGCCAGGACGGACACGCGUUCGACCCGCGCCUCAGCGGCAACAUCUACCCCUGCGACUACGCCUUCAAAGUGAACUGCACCGGACGCGAGCAGCUCCAGCCGGCCAUUCCCGGAAUCGACCCGGAGUGCCCGAACCAGCACGGCAUCUUCCCCGACCCUGAGCUGUGCAACGUCUACUACGUGUGCAAGGACGGCGUGGCCACGCGCACCACCUGCGCGUCCGGCCUGCACUUCCACAUCGAGAGCCGCCAGUGCCUGUGGCCCGAGGCGGCCGGCCGCGGCGACUGCGAGUCCAGGGAGAAGAUCGGCGACUUCUCGUGCCCGCUGGACGCCACCAAGGCGGUGGACGCCAACGGCAACUGGGACAACAACCCGACCUACCUGCACCCGGAGGACUGCCGACUGUUCUACGUGUGUCUGAACGGCAUUACGCCGCAGCUGGGCGGCUGCCCCGUCGGCACCGUCUUCAACGACAUCACGCGCAAGUGCGACGACCCCAUCAACGUGCCCGGAUGUGAGAACUAUUACGAGCCUCUUCCCGAGGAGGAGCUGGCAUGAGGCUGUGUCAGCCCCCACACAAACUCACUCGCGCGUGCCACGCCCGCUCCGUUGUGGCAAAAUGUUAGGACCGAACGGUCUAUGACCGUUCCGCCUGUGAACUUUCAAUGAAUCAUCAGGUAAAAUAGUAAACACCAGUGUACAAGUUUGACGCGAACCCUGCAUGCUUCUUGUAUUACCUAAUGUUGCAUGUAUUCGUGAUGCAUCGCUUUGUGCGUUAGAAUUGUGUACUGCCUGAAUCAAAAAAUUGUUUGUGUUAUACGAAUUCGUCCACUUGCGAUGCAGUUGUGAUGUCGCGUGUUGCGUGAUGAUUGUUUGAAUAAAAAGUAUGGGAAUGAAA